AGCUACAUACAGCCUCACGUAGUAACUUGUAAAAGUGAUCCGUACUUUACUUCACGUAAACGAAAAUCAGUUAACUGCUGAAUUUAUUUCAACGUGCAGAUUUGUAAAGCAGAAAGAUCACAAUGAAAGCCAGCGCGUACAACGUCUACUUGGGUGUCGUGGCGGCCAUGUUGGCUCUACUGUUCGUUACAAUUAAUGCUGCGCCAAUGGAGGCGGAUGAGGAGACGGCCGAGAACACUCUAGUGGCGCAUCCGGACGCAGACAUGGAACUGUCAGGCCCGUGGGAUGCUAUCAACACUGCCGCUCUGCGCAAACUGCUGCUGCAACUUGACGCUGAGGAGAGGAUGGGCAGGGUGACUCGCUCAUGGCCCCAGGCUGAACCCCGCGGCUGGGGUCUUCGGGCGCUUGACAGCCGUCUGGCGCGGCAAUGGAGGGCAGACAAGCGACAGGUGCGCUUCCGCCAGUGCUACUUCAACCCAAUCUCCUGCUUCCGCAAGUGAACACCACCAACUCAACGACGCAUCGACCCUAUGACCUAGUGUAACAAAAACGAACAAACGUCGUCAAGAUUCAAACUUAAAAAAAUAGAAAAAAAAUUGCGUACAACGGCCACAUUGUGAAACGAC